AGAACGAGUGAGAAGGAAUGGAGAAUGCAAAAGCAGCAGCAGCACCCACAGGGUGCUACAAGUGCGGCCGCCCAGGCCACUGGUCACGUGACUGCCCCUCGUCCUCCACCUCCGCCUCUGCCCAUGUCCCUUCCUCUGCUCCGAUCCCACAGGGUGCUACAAGACCCUCCCCUUCCGGUGCCACAAGCGCCGAGAAGCCGAAGAAGGCAGCGAGAUCGAGAUCCGUGCCAAAGCUCACGCCGGACCUCCUCCUCUCCGAUGAUGGCCUCGGCUACGUUCUUCGCCACUUUCCUCGCUCCUUCAAGUGCCGCGGCCGCGGCCAUGAGAUACUUGUUAUCCUGUCAUUGCCUUGA